AUACGUCCAGAAAACUGAGAGGAAAACAGCAAAAGCCGAAGAAAAGAGAUCGAGAAGGGCAUCUAAGAACGACAUUGAUGCUAUCUUGGUUCUUGAAUAUAUGUUUAUAAAUCAGAAUUAUCAUUUUCCUAUUGCCGACAAAUGCUCAUCGAAUUAGAUUUUACAAUUUCUUUGGAUUCUGGGAAACUAGUAAUUUAAUUAGGGUUUAGUUAUCGUCCUGAGUAAAGAAAAUCCCUAUCGUAUCAGCGUUGUCGUCCACUGCCGAAGUCCCAUCCCAUUGUUGUUUCUGUUCGUCUGUCGUCACUGAGUUCUGUUCAUUUACCGCCGGAUCUCCACAGGCCACAGCAGCAGCCUUUAAGGUUGUUGGUGCAAUUAUUUGUAUGUGCCAGCCAUAUUCUGUUUUAUCAGAUGGAAUGAAAUUUGGGCUACUGAGGAAGUCUUAAAAGUUCAAGGCUGAAAACCAGGCACAUCAUUGUUUGGCUAUUAUCUCCGUGCAACCCACUGCUUGCACCGCUCUCCGGCUACAAGUCCUCUCCUACUCAUCACUGGUCAGCCAUGCUAUUUAAUCGUACUAAUAAUAGUUUCUCCUCUGCUGGCACUAGAAUUCCUACAGCCCCUCAAUUGGCUUCUCAGUCAUUGUGGUCCGGUCCUCCUGGUGUUGAUAUUGGACCAGCUGUUGCUGACCCAUUUCUUUCUGGGUUGAAGCGUCCCUCGUCCGAAGCCCUAUAUCAUCAGACAGUUUUGGGUGGUCAUAGUACAGUUGGGCAAACUGAAUCUUGGUUUUCAAGCAAUCCUUUAGCCAAGCGUCCUAGAUUUGAGACUGCCUGCAAUUUGCCCAUCUAUCCCCAGAGGCCUGGAGAGAAGGACUGUUCCCAUUACAUGCUCACAAGAACCUGUAAGUUUGGAGAUAGCUGCAAGUUUGAUCAUCCUAUUUGGGUUCCAGAGGGUGGAAUCCCAGAUUGGAAAGAGGUACUCAUUACAAGUGAAUCUCUUCCAGUGAGAUCAGGAGAGCCAGAUUGUCCGUAUUAUCUAAAGACUCAAAAGUGCAAGUACGGUAUUAGGUGCAAGUUUAACCACCCAAAAGUUAAGGAUGCCUUUGAAAGUACUGAUGUUCUUGUCUUACCUGAAAGGCCUUCGGAACCUCUAUGUGCGUUUUACAUGAAGACGGGAACAUGUAAAUUUGGUGCCACCUGCAAAUUUCACCAUCCAAAAGACAUACAAAUACAGGCUUCUGCACAAGAAAAUUUCAGCACAGCAGAGACCGGAUUAAUUGAUAAUAGUGAAAUGAUUGGUGAUGUGAAGCAAACUGUCACCCCAGCUAUGCUGCAUAAUUCCAAGGGUCUCCCUAUCAGACCGGGUGAAGUUGAUUGCCCUUUCUACUUAAAAACUGGAAGCUGUAAGUAUGGAGCCACUUGCCGCUACAAUCAUCCAGACAGAUACACAAUCAAUCCACCUGCAGCACAUCUUAAUGUUGGGAUUGUUAAUCCAACUGCCUCACUUUUUCAAACAUUUGACCCUAGAAUGACUCAAACAAUGUUUGGAUUUGCCACAACUAUCUAUCCACAACGGCCUGGGCAGGUUGAAUGUGAUUUCUACAUGAAAACUGGGGAGUGCAAAUUUGGAGAGAGAUGCAGGUUUCACCACCCUCUUGAUCAUUCAUCACCUGUUACAUCCUCAAUGGAAGGCCAGCAGCAAAAUUUUAAGCUCAGUCUUGCAGGGCUACCUAGACGGGAGGGUGCUAUACAUUGUCCGUAUUAUAUGAAAACUGGAAUAUGCAAGUAUGGAGCAACUUGCAAAUUUGAUCAUCCCCCACCAGGGGAGUUAAUAGGUGUUACUUCACAGGUAACUUCUACAUCUGUUGGUGAAGAGGAAGGAUAUGCCAAAUUGGUUGAAGCCAUUCAGAAACAGCAGCAGCAGCAGCAAUAAACAUUCUGUUCUGUUCAGCAGAGGAUUUGAUCCGCUACCUCUUCUAGCCCUGACUACACUCUGAGGGAACUAAUAAUUAUUUCAGAUUUGGUUGAUGAGUUAUGAUAUUUUAUUUUCAAAUUCUGAAGUUGGAUUGCCUAUGUUGUAUUCCUUGUAACUGGUGGAGAUUAGUAGCUAUGAAAUGCCUUUAUAUAGUUGGAGUAUGUCUUUUCUAGUGGACGGAGCUCUAUAAUGAUUGGCUUGUCCCGGUGGUGUGUAAACACAGAUUAUAGUUAAUACUCAAAGUAUAUGUACGUGAUUCUCUCUAGUUUGAAUUUAAAAUCCACUAUUUUGGCUACU